AUGAGAGCAUUUUUCAACACUGUCGCUGUAAAACUCGACUCCCUUCGUCUUUUCUUCUCCCCAAACCUCGCCUUCCUCCUCCCCCACAGACGCAAAACAAGUUUCGUCUCUCUUACUAACUUUUCCUACCGAAAUAAAACCGUAACUCGAAUUCAAACUCCUGGGGUUUUACAUUGGAGAGCUAUGGCAACAGUGUCAUCAGAAGCAGCAGCAGUGAUUGAAGUGAAAGACAAGAUUGAACUGAAUGAGGUUGAAAAGCAGAUUUUUGAGCGCUUACUUAACACUCUUCGCCAUUUCAAUCUCAAUACUGAGCUCCGUGUUGCUGGCGGUUGGGUUCGCGAUAAGCUUCUAGGAAAAGAAUGUUAUGACAUUGAUAUUGCUAUCGACAAUAUGUUGGGGAGUGAAUUUGUUGAUAAGGUUAGGGAAUACUUGUUAUCUACAGGUGAAGAGGUUCAUGGAGUUGGUGUUAUUCCACGCAAUCCUGACCAGUCUAAACACUUGGAAACUGCAAGGAUGCGUCUUCUUGAUUUAUGGAUUGAUUUUGUAAACUUAAGGUGUGAAGACUACAGUGAGAACAGUCGAAUUCCUACAAUGAGAUUUGGCACAGCGAAAGAGGAUGCAUAUAGAAGGGAUUUAACCAUCAACAGCUUGUUCUACAAUAUCAAUACUGGUUCAAUUGAAGAUCUAACUGGAAGAGGCAUUGACGAUCUAAAAUCUGGAAAAAUAGUAACUCCUUUACCUCCGAAGGCCACCUUUCUGGAUGACCCACUUCGAGUUCUGAGAGCUAUUCGGUUUGGUGCAAGGUUUGGUUUUGUACUUGAAGAAGAACUUAAAGAAGCUGCUGGCUGUGAUGAUGUGAAAAACGCCCUUGCAGAAAAAGUCAGCAAAGAGCGUAUUGGAGCUGAAAUUGAUCUCAUGAUCUCGGGCCAUCAACCUGUUAAAGCUAUGACAUGUAUUGCUGAUUUGACAUUAUUUUGGAUUGUCUUCAGUCUUCCUCCAAAGGUUGAGCCAACAAUAUCAGAAGAAUGUCAGGGGCUCUGUGUUGCUGACGUGGAUGCUGCAUGGAACCUUAUUCAACUAAUUGGAGGUUCAUCCUUCACUGGUGAACAAAGAAGGCUCUGUUUGUAUGCUGCUUUUUUUCUUCCAUUCAGAAACACCAUAUACAAGGAUGAAAAGGGUAAAAAGGUGCCUGUUGUCAACUAUAUAUUCAGAGACUCUCUGAAGCAAAAGGCCAGUGAUCCUGAAACAGUUACUAAGAUACACAGGUCCCUAGAGAAAUUCUUAACCUUGAUUCCCUUGCUUACAUCUAAUGAGGAUACCCAGCAUGCUGAAGUUGAUUGGGGCAUGGAACUUUAUGAUGUUCCUAUUACAUCAAAACUCCGUGUAGCCACAGGAAUUCUACUAAGGGAAGUAAAAGAAUUUUGGCGAGUUGGUUUGUUGAUAGCAACAAUGUUAUAUCCGUCCGACGCAGACUCUACUCAAGACUUUUUUGACAAGCAAUUUCAACUUGACAAGAGAAGGGACUCAUUUAAAGCAGCUGAAGAUGCCAUUAUUAAACUAGGUACAGAUGGUCUUGAAAAAGUGUGGGAUGUAAAGCCGUUGGUUAAUGGGAAGGACAUCAUGACUGUUUUGCAACUUAAAUCUGGAGGACCGCUUGUUAGGGAGUGGCAACAAAAACUGCUUGCAUGGCAGCUUGCUCAUCCUACAGGGACUGCAGAGGAAUGCCUCGAUUGGAUGAAGGAAACUCAUUUGAAGCGUGCAAAGACAUAG